ACAAACAAAAAUCACCUCCAAAAGUCAAAGACAACUUCUAGCUGGAUACUCUGCAAGGUCCAUCAUUUGAGAUACAUAUAUAUAAAUAUUUCAUGUCCCAAUUUUUGUUUUUAUUUUUAUCAAAAUCCCACUUAAGUUUUAUCCUCUUCAUAUUGUCCAAAUUAUAAGCUAGAGGUGGACCCUAGGAGUGAUCAAAUUAUUCGCUAAAGAUUUGAGUUUGCGUGGACUUGUGAAUAUAGAGUCAAAAAUUUAGGGUUGUAUAAAAAAAAACUAUAACAAGACAAUGGAGAAAGAAGAAAAUUGCCAGGCUAAUUCUUUGCCUACAUCUUUUCAAAUGGCAAUUAUUGGUGAAUCCUCAUCAAAUAAUACCAAUAAUCAAAUGGUUGAUUAUAUGGUAAAUUCACAAUCUAUACAACAACAACAUAACCAGUGUUCAUUAGGGUUUUUACCCUCGAAUCCUUCUCUAGACAAGUUGAGCUUCGCGGAUGUGAUGCAAUUCGCGGAUUUUGGGCCUAAAUUAGCCUUAAAUCAAACCAAGGUAUUGGAACAAGAUGUUGGGAUUGAUGAUCCUGUGUACUUCCUUAAGUUUCCCGUUUUAAACGAAAAAAAGAAUGUACAUGAUAAUGAUAAUGAUGAUGAUGAUGAUCGAGAAGCCUUAAUGGUAUCACAAAAAGAAAGUGGUGGAAAAGAAAAAGGAGAAAAUAAUAAUAAUAUUGUUGAAAAAAAUCAAGAAGGGAAGAGUAAUAAUAAGAGAAAGCGGCCAAGAAUUAAGACAAGUGAGGAAGUUGAGAGCCAAAGAAUGACACAUAUUGCUGUGGAGAGGAAUAGAAGGAAGCAAAUGAAUGAACAUCUUCGUGUAUUGAGGUCUCUCAUGCCUGGCUCCUAUGUUCAAAGGGGAGAUCAAGCAUCUAUAAUUGGUGGAGCAAUUGAAUUUGUUAGAGAAUUGGAACAACUCUUACAAUGCCUUGAAUCACAAAAAAGGAGGAGAAUCUAUGGAGAUGCUACUCCAACAAGACCAUUAGGAGAUUCAUCAACAACACCACCACCAUCAAUGCCAAUUAAUCAAAACCCUAAUACUAUAAAUCCUCAUCAUCAAUCACCAAUACUAUUUCCUCUUCCAAAUGAGUAUAAUAUUGAAGGUGAAAUUCAAGAAGAAGUAGCUGAGAGUAAGUCUUGUUUGGCUGAUGUUGAAGUGAAACUUUUAGGGUUUGAUGCAAUGAUCAAGAUUCUAUCAAGAAGAAGACCAGGACAACUCAUAAAGGCAAUUGCUGCAUUGGAAGAUAUGCAACUUAGUAUUCUUCAUACAAAUAUUACAACCAUUGAACAAACUGUUCUCUACUCCUUCAAUGUCAAGAUUUCUGGUGAAACUAGGUACACAGCUGAUGAUAUAGCAAACUCAAUCCAACAUAUAUUCAGUUUCAUUCAUGCUGAAAUAGCCCCAUAUGAUAUCAACUAGUUGAAGACCAUUUAAUUUUUCAUUGUACUUUCUAGCUAGGUGGUGUGUUUUAUAUAGUUUGACUCUUCUUCUAUAUAGUGGUUAAUUACAGAUGC